CUCACCAUCGAGGCGCCAGACUCAAACACAAAACACGGAGGACGAAUAUCUGAGAAAGAAAGAUAGUAAACUGAUUUAGAUACGUUUAAAGAAGCGCAAAGGACAGCUGAAAACAUCCCUGUGCGAUUUUAUGAGGUCUUGUAUUGCAGAUCUGACCUUCACUCUCCACCAUGAAAAGCUCCAAACCAGCACUGCAGAGCUCUGCUCAGGAAGAGUGUGAUGUUUGGCUGGACACUGUGCAGCUGAAAGCAAAAGCUAAACAGAAACGACUUGCCCGUCCCAUUUCUAAACUGCUGAAUCCCUUCGCUGGAGGCGGCGGAUACAGUUUGGCUGUGGCACUCAACUUCACUCAGACAAAAAUGGAGAUGCCAAAGACCAAACAGAGCACUAUAUCAACCUUCUUCACACCUCAGCGCAGAGUUCUCAGUAAGAUGUCUACUUCUGAAGUGCCAAACAUGGAUCCUGUGCAACCCUCACCAUCAUUAUCUACCUCAUCCACAUGUGCCACAACAGCACCCAAACCUGUAGCAAUGGGGACUAAACGAAGACGUGAAAUUGAUCUUGAAAUGUUUGACUUGUAUAACCCUGAGUCUGGUGUGGACCAUGAGUGGAAAAGAGAAAAUGUGACUGAGCCUGAAGCAGCAGUGUGGCAGGAGGAGCAGGCAGCAAGCCAGACACCUUCUCAAGACAUGUACUGUGAAUCUGAACAAGAAGAGCACGAGGAGUUGGAGGAGAUAAACCCACCACAGAGUAAGAGGAGGCUCAUUGCAACCUCUGUAUUGCAAGGUGACAGUCAACCUCUUCCUCAGGCGUGGAGUCAGGACCCACUACUCAGCUAUAGCCAAUAUUCUGAAGAGGAAUUUUACCCGACUAACCAGAAAAACACCACAAAAAAGAACUUUAUCGACUCUGAGCCGAGUUUCUUCAACGGUCUACAAAGUGAUUACGCUUUUGGUAUUCAGAUGGACGUGAAAGGUAGAACCUCGACACAAAAAUCCUUUAAACACUUUAAUUCUUCUCAGACAGAUAUUGAGAAAGAAAACAGCAUAUUUUUGUCUUCUAAGUCCCCAAGUAAGCACCCAACACUCUCUCACAUUGAGCCUCUUUCAAAUCAGAAAUGGACACAGCAAAAAACUACAUCACCUCGAAAACGUAUUCCAGUGCAGCUGUGUAAAAAGGCCGACAAAGAGGAGAGCCUUGACUCACGGUACAAGUGGACCAAACCGAGCAGCUCUCCUCUAAAAAAACUAGCAGCACAGCUGUCAUGCAGAGAGGUUGAUGAUGAUGAGGAGAGUCUGGCCAUGUUGUUCACCCAGGACUCUGAAGGCUUCAGGGUGAUAGCGCACAGAGGUCUGCAAACCAGGAGUCCACUCAAAGAUCAGAGUAACAUAUGUACUGGGGUGGUGAGAACAAGUGCUUACAAAUCUCUUGUGGAGGAGGACGAGGAAGAUGAGAUGCUCUUUACUCAAGACUCGCAGGGAAAUACGGUGAUCAGACACUGAAAAGAGCCUCUGUAACUCCUUUUUUCUGUGACACAGUGUCUUCUUAUAUUUCUUUGUUUGUAGAUCUUUUGUAUUUCCCCAGAGGU